AUGAUUGGUACAAUCAUACGCGAAAUGAAUCGUUUGGGCAUGAUGGUGGAUUUGUCACACGUUUCGACGGGUACAAUGCGUGAUGCUUUGGAAGUUAGUGAGGCACCUGUGAUAUUCUCUCAUUCUUCCGCCUAUGAAUUGUGCAAUUCAAGCCGUAAUGUACAGGAUGACAUGUUACAAUCGCUGGCCAAGAAUGGUGGCAUUAUUAUGGUUAAUUUCUAUUCGAGAUUUCUUUCUUGUAGUGAAAACUCAACCGUACAUGAUGCAGUGGCUCAUAUAAAUCACAUUAAGCGUGUCGCUGGCAUUGAUCAUGUGGGCCUGGGUGCUGGAUACGAUGGAAUCAAUUUGUAAGUAAAUGAAAUUUAUUUAUACUUAUACUAGCAUAAGCGCACAUACAUACAAUUGUAUAUU